CAGAGAGGGAGAGAGAGAUCGAACGCCGACACCGUUUCUCCCAGUCUCCUCCCGUUGUUCGCGAGUGCAUCGAAACCAUCUUUCAUCACUGUGUGUUUCAGCCCACUGUGCGUGUUUCCCAGGUAGAUGUAAAAAAGAAGAAGAAAAAGAAGAAACAUCUCUUUCGCGUUGGAUAUUAAGAGCAUCGUAUCACAUCGAUAGAACGAAGGAAAUUACGAAAAAUCCCUCUCUCUUUCCCUCCCUCCCUCCCUGUGUGGAUCUUUCCGGUGGAAUCUGGUCCGGUUCCGUGGAAUGAGAGGACAGCGACACGAUCGCCGAGGGGAUCGUGAAAGCUGAGAAUUUUUGCUCGUCGAAUCGAGAAAUAAAGGCGGAGGGAUAAAGGCCGUGGUUGACGGUGAGACAUCGAACGAGGAUCCGAUAUGCGGCUCAGGGAGGCUGUCGUCUCGAUACCGCUCCAUCCUGGGGGAUUGAACAACAAUCAGUUACGUAGGAGCGAGCAGAGCCAGCCGAUCACCGAGGAGAUCGCGAAUCGGAACGAGACCUCGGCCGCCGACUCGGUCGCGGCGAGUCGGAUCAACGCCGAUUUCGUGGCGGAGGUCGGCCAGGAUUUCCGCGUCGCCGAGGACACCAGCACGUGGUCCUCGAUCGCCAUCACCCGCGAGAAUGUCCAGACCGAUACCUCGGCCAACGACGCCAACUUGAACAACAAUCUGACCGUACCCCGGAUACAGGGGUACAGUUCUGUGGAAAGUUUGGCCGAUUACGAAGGGCGUAACUCCUCUCACGAAGAUUCGUCCCACGAGUUGACACCGUCCGAGUGGUCCGACUGGUCUGAGGAGGGAAAUCUGCCCGCGGGUUGUCGCGGUAUCGUCAACCCCAAUUAUCCUGGCUUUCAACACUUGGCGCCUUCUCUUCUGUCGGACACAGAUCUGACCGAGGACGAGCACGAGAGCUGCGAUUACACCAGGCUGAACGACAUCGACGCGAGACCGGCAGAGAACGACAACGAGUACAACAACAACGUCGAGGAUAGCAUCAAUCAUUUGUGCGGGCAGAGGAACGAGAGGAAGAUAUUUUACGAGAAACCUAAAUUCAAUAUACAGACCGUAACGUCUUUAUACGAGUCGGUGGUGCCGCCAUCGGAGAAAUGCAUAAACUACGUGAAAAGCGUUGAGGAUUCGAGAACGGAGGAAAAGAUCGUGACGCCGAAAUCGGACAUCGUGAACGACGUGGUCGAGGCGGAGACGCAUCUCACCGUUCUAGAGCCGGAAGAGGGCCUCGCCGACACGGUCGCGGAGAACGCUGCGGAAUUGUCGGAGGCUGUGCUGGAGGAGAAGCAGGAACGGGAGAUCCCGGUCGAGGUCGAGAUCGUGGAAUUGACUACCAGCGUGAAAGAGACCCUCCAGUUUCCGGAAAUCGAGGAGAUACCGGACUCUGGGAAGACGAGCGAGGUCGGUGAGACGGAGGAUAUCGUGGUGGAGCACAUCGACCUGAUACGCGAGGCAAAGGAGUUGCCUCACCAGACCCGUUCCAAAAUAGGCAACCGUCAGACGGUCACGUCGACCGGCUCGGCCGACGACGACUCGGAGAGCAACACCGACACCGACAGUUACCCGGAGGAGCAGCCCACCUACACCAAGCUCGAGGAGAUCGAUCUCCUCUCGAGCAUCGGCCGUGAUAUCGGCCUCGAUCUCGAGAAGUACGUGCAACCGGUGCCGGACGUGGUCGCGAUGGAAGCUGUGGACCCGCUCCACGCCUCCUCCAGAUCCUCCUCCUCCUCCUCUAUGAUGAAGGACACCAUCGAGGACACGAACAAGCUGAUGGAUCGCGAUCUUCCCGAGGCCUCGAGCGCCGACACGAGGAAGAAGGAGAAGAUGGCCAGGAAUCAGGCGAAACGCAGACAGCAACAGCAACAGCAACAGCAACAGUUGCAGCAGUUGAGGGCGGCGAACGCUCAGAGGCGGCCCGACAAGAGGAGAGCCGACGCCGACAAUGGACCAGGCGGCUUCGAUGUCUACAAUAUCGAAACAGCGAUGCCGAAAAUCGAUCUGGACGCGAUCGAAUCUCAUUUAAGAGCUGCACGCGAAGAGGAACGACGGCGACGAAACGAUCGUGAAGAGAUACGAAGGAGGUUGGCCAUGGGUCCAGACGCCGAAGACUUGCGCGCUGAACGCGGAAGAAAGCCGAGCCUUCAGUCGCGGCUUCAGAGCGGGAUGAAUCUUCAAAUCUGCUUCAUGAACGAAACACCCUCGGACACGGAAUCCCCGUGUUCGGAGACUGACUCGUCCCCAGGAUCCACGCCGACCUCGCUCAACUCGAAGCAACCGCAGAAACAGCAAAUGCCGAUCAGACCUCAGGUGCUCAGCCUUCCACCUUUGAGGCUGGACACAGGCUCGAAUUCAGCCCCGAUCGACGAGGCCGAUUUCUUCGCCAGACAGGCGAGAUUGCAAACCGAGGCACGAAUGGCCUUGGCUCAGGCCAAAGAAAUGGCCCACAUGCAGAUGGAAGUGGAGAGGCAAAGGCUGAAACAGAGUCCCAUCACCGAGAUGGUGCGAUCCAGCCUCGAAAAAGUUGGCGUUCAGCUCGGCGAGGAUAGGCGCAGAUUGUCACGAGUACUUUUAACGGAGCUAAACGUCGCCCAGCUUCAAGUGGUGGCGAACGACUUGCACGCGAGAAUCGCAGCUCUGAACGAGGCGCUCGUCGAGGGACUUUUGAGAAGGGACGAUUUGCACAUGGAACAAGAUUCGAUGCUCGUCGACGUCGAAGAUCUCACCAGAUAUCUCUUCUGCUGCGUUCACAUGCACAGAGGUGCCAAGCAGGAGUCGUUGAAGAAGAAGCAGAGCGCGAGGGAGCAGCAGCAGCAGUGCACAGGGAGCAGAAGUCAUCAGCAGGCCAACUCGGGUCAGAACAAAUCGUCGAUCAAGCCAAAGCUGACGCACCGUGGCCUGGUCUCGUUGGUGAGGAAAUAAUGCCUCGCCACGAGACUGCGUGGUCUCGUCGGAAAUUAAGCGGGAAGGUAGCGAACAGCACCGAGAGGACGCGAGCAAGUAUAUAUACUACUUAAGAUCUGCUCGAUUCGAUCUGCCGAACUCUCGCCCCGUGGUCGAGGAAUGUCAGAUUUGUUCGGUCGAAUUCGAGUUGAACAACUCGGUUCCGGUAUUCUGGGACCCCCUCCCCCUCGAGGAGAGGAAGGGAACGAGAUUUAUUCGGACGAAAAGAGAUUAUUAUUCCAAAGGAAAUGCAAAUAUCUUGCAAAUCUUUCGAGCCAACGGUAAGAGAAAAUCGAGUAAUCUUCGUCUUGUCUUCGCGUGGGAAAAAAAGAAAAGAAAAAAAAAAAAUGGAGCAAUAUUCCGCCUCUACUACGGAGCAGAUACAAUCGUUUUUUCUCCCCCACUUUUAGACGGGGGGUUCAAAAAUAUACAUAAAUAACGUACACGCAGCGAAGAAUCCUCUUUCUUCCUGCUCGGUUGUUCGACAGGGAAGAAGGGGAUCUUUUUCCAAAAGUUUUUACAGCUUCGUCGUUAUCAAGAUGGAAAUUAGAGUAAUAAUAA